AUGGAACUUUUGCCCUACGAUUGCUUUGCACACAUUUUAUCCUUCACUUCCCCUCAGGACCUCUGCAGGUCCUCUCUGGUCUCCUCCGUUUUGCAGUCAAUGGCAGAUUCAGAUGCUGUCUGGGAGAACUUUUUGCCAUCCAAUUAUCAUCAAAUUGUUUCUAGGUUCGUGACUUCCUCUUUGUCGUGUUCUUCCAAGAAACAAAUGUUUUCCAUGUUAUGUAAUCCACGACCAAUUGACGACGGUAACAAGAUAUUCUCCAUUGAGAAGAGAAGUGGCAAAAUCUGUUACCUGUUGAGCGCAAGACAACUUUCAAUUGCAUGGGGAAACAGCCCUCUCUAUUGGUCCUGGAAACCCAUCCGAGGUUCAAGAUUUGAAGAAGCAGCUGAACUGAGAACCAUAAGCUGGCUGGAAAUAAAAGGCAGCAUAAACAGCGGAAUGUUAUCUCCCAAUACUUUAUACGGAGCCUACCUGCAAGUGAAAAUCGCGGAUCGUGCUUAUGGGUUAGACGUGUUACCAUCGGAGGUGUCCGUAGAAGUUGGCAAACAUAAAUCACAAGGAACCGUUUGCAUACGUUCAUGUCGAAAAACAGACACCAAAUGUUCUUUUCGUUUUGAAGAUGAAGAAUGGUCGGAGAUUGACUUGGGGAGUUUUUACACCUGUUCAAACGAAGAGGUCAGAGUGUGCCUCAAGGAAGUUAAAGGUGUGCACUUGAAAGGUGGCCUCAUAGUUGAUGGACUUGAAAUAAGGCCCAAACACUUGGAAAAGGCCUCCGCUUAUGGGCCCUAA